AUGAAUAGUGAUUUAGCUUCUGAUUCAACAUAUUCAUCGACUCCAACAAUUACAAAGGUUCGUCGUACGAAACGUUCUAAUACUGAAAAACGUCCGAGAAUGUCAGCAUCUGUACCAACGAAUCCUCACAUAUUAUAUAAAUCACAUCCAUAUCCAAAAGCUACAAGACUUAUUCCAGCUCCAUCUUGUGACAGUCAUAGUUCAUUCGCAUCGAAUAGCACAACAAAAACACAAUCAACAAUACUUAAUAAUGUAGACUCUGAAAAAUUACGUCAACAUAUCGAAGAACAAUAUAAAUCAUUAUUAAAUAGUGAAGCAAGAUAUCGUUAUUAUAUUGAAGAUCAAUCUAUUAUUAUGCAUAUGGAUGAACAACUUAAACAAGCUACUGACGGAACAUAUUUUAUACGACCAGCUGAAUCAAAUGAGGCAAAUUCAGAUAUUGGAUAUAUUCUUCAUUUUGUUUCUCACAAGGAAAUUGCUCGAAUACCCAUCUGUUAUAAUAAAGAACGUCGAGUAUAUUCGUUUCUAUCUGGAUAUGGAAUUGGAUCAGAAGUGAGACGAGAGUAUACAGGCGUUGAUUUACUCAUUCAACAGAAACAACGAAACACUUUUUAUGAAUUACAAUAUCCAUUUAGAAUUUGUCUUUAUCAAUCAAUUCAUGUACUAAAUGGAGAAUGUAUUCCAUUACCUGAUGAAAUUCGUGUUUUAGAUCGUCAAAAUACUAUUCUUCAUGAGUUAGCUGCUCAAGGUUUAACACAUUAUUUCAAUGAAUUAAUUCAUAUGUCAGAAACUGAUAAUCAUUCACUUCAAAAAGAAGCAUUAUUUAUAAGAAAUAAAAUAAAUGGAAGAAAUAAACAAGGUUUAACACCAUUGAUAUUAGCUGUUCUAGCUAAAAAAUAUGAUUUUGUUGAAAUUUUACUAAAUAAUAAAGCUGAUAUUAAUAUUACUGAUGGACAAGGUUUAUCACCAUUACAGCAUGCAUGUCGACAAGCAAAUCAUAAAAUGUUAAAAAAAUUGAUUCAACGAAAUGCUAAUGUACAUUAUUUUAAUCGAAGUCAAACAAUCGAUGAUACAGAUCAAUCUAAUCUAUCAGCAUUUCAUUAUUUAGCAAUGGCUAAAGAUGCACCAACAAAAAAUAUCAAACUAUGUGCAACGGAUUUAAUAGAACGUGGUUGUCCGUUAAUGCCUUUAACAAAAGAAGGCAAAUCACCAUUUGAUAUUGCUCAUAUGUACAAAAAUUCCACAUAUGAAUGUGUAAAAAUAUUUUGUAAUAAUUAUCAAUUCAAUAAUUUAAUGCCAAUAGAAGUAUCAUCUCGAAAUGAAGCAAAAUCAAUGUUAAGUGAUUUAGCUUGUCCUAACAUAUUAGGAAAGUUAAGAUUACGUCUUAAACAAUAUGAUAAGAAAGAUUGUCGUAGAAAAAAUGGUCUAUUCUUAUUCUAUAAAACAAGAAAAACUCGGAGUCAACCAAAUGAAGAAUAUGGUCUAUGUGUUCAUUAUAAUGAACAAGUAUUUGUUUAUCCGAUCACACAAAAAUAUACAUCUAGUAUUAUUGGUCUAUCAAAAUCAUCAUGGGAAACGAUUUUUAAUUAUUCACUUAUAACUGAUACAGUUACAGAUGAUCAUAUACAAAUAAUAGUAUUUAAGACAUACGAAGAACUUAUCUAUAGUCAUACGAAAUAUAAAGGAUUAUUACCAACAGUAUUAACAGAUUUUGUUCGAAAAGAAAAUGGCGAAUUGAUAACAAUGGAAGCUACAGAAUUAUUAUUACCCACUGAUCCAAUAAGUAAUACAUCUGAAUAUGAUAGUACCGAUUCUGAAUUCGAAACUGAUGUUGAUUCAAUUGAUCAUAUUAAUUUAUCUGAUAUUCAUUCAAUAAAACUUCUCGAUGAAAAUCGUCAUCGAUUAAUAUGGUUAGCAAAAGUUCGAUUUGAUGAUACAACAUCGUUUUCCAUCAUUAUCAAAGAUUAUCUUCCUAAAAAUGAAAUCGAUUUAUACAAACAAUAUCGAUUAAAUGAAUUCAAUCAUUUUCCCCAAUAUCAAAGUAAUCAAACUAAUGAAGAAUUUUCAUAUGAAUUUAAUACGCGUAAUUCUACUGAUUAUAAAUAUGAAUCAAGACUUUUACUUGAUCAACUUAAAAGUCAUCCAUUUAUUGUUCAUACAUUUAUUUGUAAUUAUCAUCCAAAAAAUGAUUUACGUAUAUUUAUGGAAUAUUUACCACAGGGAAAUUUACAUGCACAUUUAACACAAUUAAAACCUGAAUCAUUAGAUCCAUUAGUCAAUGCAUAUCACUGGAUUUAUCAAUUAGCACAAGUUAUGGCAUAUUUAACACAGCAAAAAAUUGUUCAUCGUGAUUUAGCAGCAAGAAAUAUUUUACUUAAAAAUGAAAAAUAUAUUAAAUUGAGUGAUUUUGGUUUAUCACGAUUUGAAGGUGUGAAACUCGAUAAAAAUGAUUGUACUGUAUCACCACCUUGGGCAGCACCGGAAUGUUUUGAUCGACAACAAAGUCUUUCAUCAUUAUCUGAUGUUUGGUCGUUUGGUGUUGUUAUUUGGGAAAUUUAUUCAUUUGGUACUAAACCAUAUGAAAAAGAAACGAAUUAUAAAUCGAAUAGUAAUUCACAACAGCUAAUUCGUUUAUUAAAACAAUUUUUAGUUGAACAAGGUCGACGUUUAUCAAAACCAGAUCGUUGUUCAGCUAGUAUGUAUGAUUUAAUGUGUCAUUGUUGGAAUGGUACUAUUAAUAAACGACCAAGUUUUGAAGAUAUAAUUAAUGAUCUAAAUGAAAUGAUUCUAAUGAAAGAUUGUCUUGCACCAUUUACUCGUGAAGAAAGAAAAAUAUGGAAAACAGCAAAAGAACAAUAUCUUUCUAUUUAUCAAUCAUAUCAACCUCCUUCCUCUGAUGAUCCUCCAUAUACACAAGUUGAAGAUAAUGAAAACGAAGAUAGAUGUAUAAUUACAGCACAUUAA